CACACCGCACGGGGAUUGAUUUAGAUAAGCCAUACACGGGUCUCCUACGUGGCCUUUAGAGCUAGAAAAACAUGUUUGACAGCUGCUGAUAGCAUGUAAGCUAAUGUUUAGCAGCGCAGGAGGAGUCAUGCUCAGGUCAAAGUAGUAGCACUAUCUUGCUUCUUCAUUUAUUUCGAAGAAAACCAUGGCAGAGAUCUUUUCCCGCUUGAAUAUGUUUAGAAUCGGGUGGAGAGGCGUGAAAUUGAGCAGGAAAGUCACUAAUGCAGCUGUUUCUGCGCAGACGCAGCGCCGCUACAGCACAGAUGUGUGUGAACAGGAGCGCAGCUUGUUUGGGCUUCUGUUUGACAUUGACGGGGUGCUGGUACGCGGACGGACGCCCAUCCCUGCAGCCAAACAGUGUUUCAGGAACCUGGUGGACGGUGAUGGAAAAUACAGGGUUCCUGUGGUGUUUGUGACAAAUGCAGGAAACUCUCUGCGAGAAACCAAGGCCGAGCAACUGUCUCACCUUCUGGAGGUCGAGGUGUCACCAGACCAGGUGGUGCUGUCCCACAGUCCUCUGCGGGUUUUCACUCAGUUCCAUGACCUGUGUGUGCUGGUGUCCGGACAGGGACCCGUGGUGGAAGUGGCACACAAUGUAGGUUUCAAGAACGUUGUGACCAUUGACAUGCUGAGGGAGGCGAAUCCUCUCCUAGAUGUAGUGGAUCACAAUCGCAGACCCAAAGACCUGAUUCCCCCAUCUAAGAAAUUGCCACCAAUAGAUGCUGUCGUCCUGUUUGGCGAGCCUAUCAGGUGGGAGACCAACUUACAACUAAUCACUGAUGUGCUCUUGACCAAUGGGAGGCCAGGAAACCCUGUGACAUCACUGCAUUACCCACAUAUCCCCGUGCUGGCUUGCAACAUGGAUCUGCUGUGGAUGGCCGAAGCCAAAAACCCUCGAUUUGGACACGGCAUGUUCCUCGUGUGUCUGGAGAGCAUCUAUAAGAAGAUAACAGGCUGUGAGCUGAAGUACGAGGCUCUGAUCGGGAAGCCCAGUGUUGUGACUUACAACUACGCCGAACUGCUCGUUAGAAAACAGGCAGAGAAACUGGGCUGGACCCGACCGGUCGAGAGACUUUACGCCAUUGGUGACAACCCGAUGGCUGAUAUUUACGGUGCAAACCUGUACAACCGCUACCUCAAAGCGAUGCAUCGCACCCGUGCUCAAGCACAGGCGCAGGGCGGCUCAGGCAGCCAGGUGCCCGGAGACCUGCAGUGUGAAGUGUCCGACGAUGCCAAAGGUUCAGGACGGGUGAUGGUGGGAGGCUCGUUCGAUCACCGUCUGCCCGAAGGCUGCAGCUCCAUCCUGGUCUGCACGGGAGUCUACAACCACGACCACAAGGACCUGCCCUCGGACCCCGAGCAGACGGUCACAGAGCAGCAGAUCUUCCACGGUCACCGGGACUUCCGCUUCGACCCCAGUCUGACGCAGCCCUCCUUCAUGGUGCAUGACGUUCGGGAUGGAGUGGAGCUGGUCUUCCAGCUGGAGGGUCGGUCACUGCAGUAAACCAUCGUUUAUUACACCACGUCUGCAUGCGAUGCGUCACGACUAGGGCUGCCAAACAAUUAGUCGCGAUCAAUCGAUUCAAAAUAAAAGUGUAUGUUUACAUACUAUAUGUGUGUGUAUAAAUAUAAAUACACACACACACACAUGUAUAUAUUUUAAAAAAUAUUUGUAUGUAAACACUUGCAUAUAAUUUGUAUUAUAUAUAAAUAUGAAUUUUACAUAUAAAUCGAACAUAUUUUUCCUUAAUAUAUACAUGUGUGCAUUUAAAUAUACACAGUACACACACAUAUAGUAUGUAAACAUAAACUUUUAUUUUGAAUCGAUUAAUCGCGAUUAAUCGUUUUGCAGCCCUAGUCACGACUUGUUGAAACUAAAUCAAUCCCCAUUAUAAUUCCUGUCCACACAAGAAGUGUCCAUGGCAUUUUGUAUUUUUGUUUGUUGCGUUUUGAUUUUUUACAUGCUUUUAAGCUUUUACAUGCUUUUAUAUUUUUGAGCCACUUUAUUUUUCCUGUCCGUCUGAAAUGAUUUUACUUACAAAUAUCAUAUAUGUUAAUGAAUUGCAUUGAAUUUUAUUAGUUAAAUACUCAAGCGUGUAAUAUUUUUUUUGUCACUUGCCCUCUCGCAACAGCUAAAAAUAGACUUUUACGUAACUGCACAAACAUACAAUUCACUGAGGCAAUAUAUGCUAAAUAUAUGUUGCAAACAGUGAAGCUCAAUGAAAUAUAUUUUUGAAAUAGAAAAUAUAUUUAGUUUAUUUAUAAAUGUAUUUCAGGGGCAAUAAAAUACAUUUCCAAUCUUACAGUAGCCUACAUAAGCUAAAUACAAAUGUGGAUCAAAAGGUAGAUUCAUAAUGAUUUAAUAAUAUUUUUAUAUAUUGCAUUUUUUGGAGCAUUUUAAAUUUUUCCUUGCUAAAGUUUAUUCAAAUGUGUUAUAUGUUUGCACGUGUUACAGAUAACAAAUCAAGUUUUGCUUUAAAUGUGACCUAUGUGAAUGCAUUUUCUUGGACUGAAAUAUAUAGAGGUCAAAAAUAUUUUUAAAUGCACUGAAUUUAUACAUUUAAAAUAUAUUUUCAAAAAUAUACAAAAUCGCCAAAAAUGUAUUGGUAGAAAAUAUAUUUACAUAAAUAGAUUUUGAAACAUAUUUCAGUAAAUAUAUAUAUUUUGGCCAAUUUUUUUUUUUUUUUUGUGUUUUAAAAUCUUUCUCUUGGUCAGGAAAGCAAAUCUGUGUGACCAACUUGACCUUGUUGCAAAAUCUGUAUGAGGAACUCUUUAGACCUCAUCUGAAAAUCCUAAUCAUGUAUAUUCAUACAGAAAUUACUGGAUUUCGCCCACAAAAAUAAGAAAUAAAGAUGCGUUGUGAAGUUGCAAUUACAAGCAACAGCAAUUGGAAGAAACAAAAGUCGCAAUUACCUUUUUUUGAUGCUAAAGCAGAAACGGGCUUCAAUUAAUUGUAUUUUUAUGCAGUUACAUAAAUUAAAUUUUUAUGCUAAUGGGGUUUUAUUAAAAAUAUGCCAAACUUUAGAUACAGUGUUUUUCAUCCACUUUACUGUUACUCCAGUCUGCUGUUGACCUGGUUGGUGUUUGUUGCGAUGAUGCACUUUGACACUUCCAGUAUAGAUGCCAUGUCGGUUAAUAGUGUUACACCUGGUCCCAAAUCACGCCUUCAAUAUUUUCUAAGCAGUAACCCUUAUUCUGCAAAAACUCUUGUGAGAUUUGAAAUGUAGCAGUUAAUGAAUGAAUGAGUUUCGCAGAAUGAUGUUUACGUUCUAGACAAGCUGAAAUCAAGUGCACCAUUUGGGACCUCAAGUGGCUUAUGGGUAAAUUGUUAUGAGCUCAAACAGAGCAUUGAAAGAGAUUCAGCGUGAUAUUUUCACAAGCACAAGGUUAAACGCUUGCAGCAAGGAAAGACGUUCAUCCAUGAAGCCAUACUAGUUAAUGAAGAAACAACACGAUGCCACUGACAGGAGGAAGUUCAUUUUUUUUCCUCCAAUAGGUGGAAAUGUGUGCGUUCUCUGAAAUAUUUGCUAUUAAAGUUCACAUACGCCUCAGUUAGUUUGUGUAAAUGUGAACACUUUGGUUUGCUGUAUAACACAGUACCUCUUAAGCGCCGUUCACACAGUUCGUAUACUUGCGUUUUGUUUGCGCUGUUUUGUAAUUGUCUUAUGUACACAAGUCGGGUGUUUUUCGGCAUCAUGUAGUACUGUAUUUUCAGACAUAAUUCAAGGUAAAAAUAGUUCAACUUUUACAACUGUGUAUUACAUUUGCAAUUGCUCUGUCUAGCUUUUUUUUUUAACGCAUUCUGUGUGAACUGACUGGAGGACAAAGCUGAGCAGUAACAAGCCGCAUGAUUAUACUUGGUUUGUUUAAAAAUUUAACACACGAAAUCCUCAAUUCAUAUCUAGUCCUUCAAAUAUAUUAAGUGUUACAAAAGAACAAAGAAUGCAUUUAUUGACUUAAUGUUUGUAACGUUUUAUGCAUUUUAUUGUACUGUACAGAACCUACUGCAGAAUAAAUGUCCCUCAAGAGGUAAUCCGUAAUAUUGUACUUGUAUACAUGUUCACAGAGUUAAUUCAUUAAAUGCAUUUCACAUUU